UGCCCCCGUGAGAUCUCACGCCUCGAUCAGAAGAUCCUUCUUGCACGACUCCUUCAGGCUGAACUGUGCCAGCUUCACCAUGUCCCAAGCACCGUGUGCCCCUCCUGACUCGGGAGCUGCGCCGGGAUCGCCCCAGAAUCCGAGGCGGCGCCCCCACUGCUCGUUUGAUUACUUGGUGAUCGGGGGAGGAUCGGGCGGGCUGGCGAGUGCCCGCCGGGCGGCUGAGUUAGGAGCCCGGGUAGCCGUGGUGGAAAGCAACAAGCUGGGGGGAACCUGUGUGAAUGUAGGAUGUGUGCCAAAAAAGAUAAUGUGGAACGCUGCUAUCCAUUCUGAGUACGUCCACGACCACGAGGAUUAUGGAUUCCAAAUCUCGGAUGUAAAAUUCACUUGGAAGGUAAUCAAGGAUAAACGAGAUGCCUAUGUUAGUCGCCUUAAUGACAUUUACCAAAAUAACCUUCAUAAGGCUCGGAUAGAAAUUGUCCGGGGACACGCAUCAUUUACAUCUGAUCCAGAGCCUACACUGGAAGUCAGUGGUCAGAAGUACACUGCACCUCACAUUCUGAUAGCCACAGGAGGAAAACCAUCUGUGCCAUCGGAUGCCGAGGUUCCUGGAGCGAGUUUAGGAAUAACAAGCGAUGGAUUCUUUGAACUUGAAGACUUGCCAAGACGCAGUGUUAUUGUUGGUGCCGGUUACAUUGCUGUUGAAAUCGCUGGGAUCCUGUCAGCUCUGGGUUCAAGAGCUGCUUUGCUGAUUCGCCAAGACAAGGUCCUGAGGACUUUUGACUCGAUGAUUAGUGUAAACUGCACAGAGGAGCUGGAGAAUACCGGAGUAGAUGUCUGGAAGUACGCAGAGGUAAAAUCAGUGAAGAAGACCAGCAAGGGUUUGGAGAUCAGUGUACAAUGCUCUGUUCCAGGACGCAAGCCCACAAUACGAACUAUCGAAGAUGUAGACUGCCUAUUAUGGGCCAUUGGCAGAGACCCCAACACUGAGGGUUUGAACUUGGAGAACCUGGGACUUGAGUUGGAUGAGAAGGGUCACAUAGUGGUGGAUGAGUAUCAAAACACCAGCCGUAAAGGAAUCUAUGCUGUUGGAGAUGUGUGUGGACGAGCACUCUUGACACCAGUUGCCAUAGCAGCAGGAAGAAGACUGUCCCAUCGGCUCUUUGAAGGUCAAGAGGAUUCCAAACUCGACUACAACAAUAUUCCAACAGUGGUCUUCAGCCAUCCCCCUAUAGGGACAGUUGGACUCACUGAAGAGGAAGCAGUGACCAUGAAAGGUAGAGAGAAUGUGAAGGUUUAUACCACCUCUUUUUCACCCAUGUACCACGCAGUAACCAGACGGAAAACCAAAUGUGUCAUGAAACUGGUCUGUGUUGACAAAGAGGAGAAGGUGGUUGGGUUGCACAUGCAGGGACAGGGAUGUGAUGAGAUGCUCCAGGGAUUUGCCGUAGCAAUCAAAAUGGGAGCCACCAAGAAAGACUUUGAUAACACAGUUGCAAUUCACCCCACCUCAUCAGAGGAACUCGUCACACUCCGUUAAAGAUGAUUGUACGUGCCUUUAAUACAAUCACUUGGACCAUACCUGCACUGAUCAUUGUUCAGGGUGCUGUCUUUCAAAGAUUCCAUCCUUAUUUAUAAACCUGUCUCCUGUUUCUUUUUCCUCUGUAUUAGUCAGAAGAGUUUUAUAGCAAAAAAAAAUAUAAAUGCCUUAUAAUCUAAUCUCAUUUUUCAAUAGAAUAAUAUAAUGGGUAUGUUUAGAUCCCAAUCAAGAAUGAAUAAA